AAGAAUACAGGAUCAAAAAGGAUAUAUAAAAUGAAACUGCGACAAAAGUCAACACAACAAUCAACAUCUGUUUAAAACCUCCCUUUUUAUUAGUUUUUUUUUUUUUUGACAAUAGUCAAAAAGGAUAUUGAUUUUUCACUAAAAGCGACAAUAAACGAAUGUAACAGAAAAAAAAUCUUAGUUGAAUCAUACUUUUGCAAAAGCGGUGCAGAAAACAAGUUGAAAAUUUUAUAAUUAAAUAAAAUAAAUAUUUAUUAAUUAAAUAUUAAUAUAAAAACUUUAAAAGAAAAGUUAAUGAAAUAAAAGCAAACGAAAUAAAAAAACCAAAUGAAAUUAAAAAUAUCUUUAAUUUAAGUUCUAAAUACGCAUUCGAAGCCAAGAAAAAAAAUAAAUCGUUGGAUAUAUAAAUAACAAAGUUUAUAUAUCCUUGGUAUCCUUAUCGUACAUUAACAUUUUAUUGUUUUGUGUAAUUCUGAGUGACACAAAAACAACUAAAUACAAUAAUGGCACUGGAUUUUGUAGCCACCUAUAAAGUUUUAGUUCUGGGCGAUUCCAAUGUCGGUAAAACUUGCAUCGUACAUAGAUAUUGUGAUGAAAAAUACUAUGACACAUACAUUUCUACCAUAGGUAUCGAUUUUAAACAAAAACUUAUUAAUUUGGAUGGUGUACCUAUAAAAUUACAAAUAUGGGAUACAGCCGGCCAAGAAAGAUUUCGUACAUUAACGACAGCUUACUAUAGAGGCGCCAUGGGUAUUUUACUAAUGUACGAUGUUACAAAUUUAGAAAGUUAUAAUAAUUUGUCAUAUUGGUUAAGAAAUAUACAAGAGAAUGCUUCACCGGAUGUAGUAAAAGUUUUGGCGGGUAAUAAAUGUGAAUGUUCGGCUACACAAAGAAUGGUCGAUAAAGAGAGAGGGGAAAAGAUUGCCGAAAAUUUUGAUAUGCCUUUCUUUGAGGUUUCUUGUAAAAAUAAUAUCAAUAUAGAGGAUGCAUUUCUAUCAUUAGCUCGCAAAAUACGUGAACAAAGAGAAAGAAGAGGCGAAAAUUUCGAUAAUGACGAUAAACCCCAAGAGAAGAAAUCGCCUGGUUCAAAUGGUUUGGGUACUUUUAGUCUUGCCAGUUUAUCGGAAGCAAAUCGCUGUUCCUGUUAAAUAAAUUAUGCAUUAAGAGUAACAUAAACUUUCAAAUAUUUUUUUAAGCAAAAUACUUAUAAUACACCUGCAGAAAUUAUGUCCAAAAACAAACAAAAAACCAAAUAUUAUGUUAGCAAGUUUUAUCAUGUUAUAUGUAUUAUACGAUUAUGAAAUAAUGAAAAUUAGCAAAAUCCAAAAAUAUCUAAAUCUUUAACGUACAGAUAAUGCAUUUUUUUAAUCCAAGUUGAUUAAACACAAGUUUCUGUUUUCAUAAACUACGUUUUUAAAUUUAAUUAUAAUUUUGUGAAAAUUUCGAUAAUUACACUUAGCGAAAAGUUUAAAUAGCUUGUAUAUAAUAAUAUACAAUAGUUAAAUUUAUGCCACAAAAGUUAAAAUAUCUAUUAGUUUUAGUAAAAAAGUUUCAAAAUUAUAAAAAAAAAAAAAACAAAUAAACAUUCGGACAUAGAAAAAAAGCAAACACUUUUAUAUCAGAAAUUAUUUCAAAAUUAAUUUUAGUUUCAACAGCAGCCUUUUAGACCAAUGUUAAUAAUUUGACUUGUGAUCAAAGAUUUUAUACUAUUGAAGUCAUCUCAAUGGAUUAUUUACCGACUUAAGUUUAUUGCUGUAAAAAGUUUUCUAUUUACACUUCUAUAUCAGAAAUUAUUUCAAAAUUAAUAUUAGUUUCAACAACCCUUUAGACCAAUGUUAAUAAUUUGACUUGUGAUAAGAGAUUUUAUACUAUUAAAGUCCCCUCAAUGGAUUAUUUACCGACUUAAAUUUAUUACUGUAAAAAAGUUUUCUAUUCAAAUAAUAGUUCUAGAUUAAAACACCUGUUUCAAAACUUUACUAUCCAGCAAAAAAAGAACUUUCAAAAAAGCGAAAAAGAAGUAGAAUUCACUUCAUGUCAUACCAGGGAUGUCCUUUUUUAAUUCCAAAUUCAGUACUUCUGAAUUCAUUCUCAAGAAGUAAU